ACGUUUGGCAUAUGUUUUCCGGUGCGCUUAACUCUGCCUGUUGCAGUAAUCGAUUAGGUGUCUUUUUUAUUGUAAUUCGUGUACUGGACCCAGAGCUGAACGCGCUAGAGUAGUACUUCCAAAAUGGCUUCUGCAGCGCGUCGCACGGCACUUCCGCCGCAGGUCAGCGGCAUCGUACGGUUCGGUCUAGUACUCCUCUGCACUGGCCUGCUGGGAGUCGCGUUCGCUUGUAAUGGAGGCUACAAGAUCCGGAUGAAGAAGAUUGAGAACUGUGCCGGUCCGGAUGCGGUGAUCACUGCCGACGAGAACUUUACCGUGGUGUUGACGAAGAACUGCGAGAUCAAAUCGCGGGGUUGCGUGCGGUUCAAGGACUUUAAGAGUGGCAACGCGAAGUACACCAUCACCAAGGACGGUGUGCAGGUUAUGCAGGGCUCAACAGACAUCUGUGACCAGGCGUCUCGGCCACGCCGUACGGAGCAGAUCGCGGAACUGUUACGCAGCCUGGGAGUACCCGAAAAAUGUCCGAUCAGUGCGGGACAAAUAUGCACCGACCCCAGUCAGGUGGUGAACAUCAAUCGAUUCAAGCAGUACCUUCCUCUGGCACGUGGCGCCAUCGGUGUCGAUGUAGCCGUCCAGCACGAUUCGGGUAAAAGUUGCUUCAAAAUACGAUUUGACAUAACGAAAUGAGCGCUUGAUCGUACAAAAAACCCAGAGGCCAUCACCAAAGCAUUGAGGAAGUGCCGAUGAUGAUCGUAAAACUGUUUUGUUACCUUUUGUUACCACAAUAAAAAUAUGA